CUGUCCUUGUCUUUUCAUCGGCUACUCUCAUCAACAAAGUGCCUACAAGUGUCUUGAUCCUGUUUCUCUUCGUGUCUUUUUGUCCCGUCAGGUUGUCUUUGUUGAGUCCAACCUUCCUGGUCUUGGUCUCUCGACCUCGUUUCCUCUUCUUCUUCCAGUUCGGACCCGGUGCCUCCUUCGAGGUUUGCCGCAUUUCUGCCUCCAGUCAACCUCAUCGCCACACCACCUACUCCUCCUUCCUAGUCGUCGUCGUCGCCCAUUCGUCCUCACAUGCCGACUGCUGCUGAGUCCCCUUCAGCUCCACCUGUGACGGAGCCUACUUAUUCUACGUCGGACUCUCUAGCCACUACUGAAAUGAGGGCUUCCUCGACGCACUCACAGCCGAAUCCUCAUCACAUGGUCACCCGAGGUAAAAACAAUAUUCGGAAGCGUAAUCCCAAUUAUGUUAAUGUUGUCACAGCUACUGCCUCUCCACCGUUGGAACCGACGUCUGUCAAGGAGGCUUUGCUCCAUCCUGAAUGGAACAAAGCCAUGGCCUCUUAGAAUGCAACUCUCCUGGACAAUCAUAUAAGUGAUUUGGUCCCAUGUCUUCUCCACUAUAAUGUUGUUGGUAAUCGUUGGGUAUGACGUGUGAAGUGCAAACCGGAUGGAUCUACCGAAUGCUUUAAAGCUCAGCUUAUGGCUAAGGGGUUUUAUUAGCGUCCUGGUCUUGAUUUUCAUGAGACUUUCAGUCCGGUUAUUAAAGUCGUUACCAUUCG